AUACAAAAUAAUAUAUAUUUAAAAUCCAUACACAAAAACAUAAAAGUUAAUAUAGGUCUCUUUCUGACACAUGCACACUCCACUAUGAAUAAAAAUUAAAAAAAAACAGUGUUGUCAUCAAACUUUAUCACAAAUCCACAUUUGUACAUCUAUAAUUAUGAGUUGGAUAAUUAGUUAAUUUGAUACAAUACCAAAGCAAAAAUAAUCGAAAGACAACUAUACCACUGCAUACUAAUAAGUAACACAUAACAGAUAACCAAAUUCUUAAAUUUUUAAAAAAAAUUUCAACUCGAGCAUUUAGUGAAUAUCAAAUUAACUAAUAUCUCGCCCGUAGGGCUAGCCAAUCCUAGUUUAUUAUACUUUAAUGUUUGUUCUCAUAACCAAAGUAACCGAACUGAAUCAAACUCAUAUUCAUAAAUAACCGAACAAUAACCAAAAAGUCAAAAAUACAACUGAAGGAGAACCUAAAAAAAAAUGGAACCGAACUGAAAAUCGAAAGUUCAUUGGUAAACAUAUUUGUUAACAAACAACAGUUUAAUUAAUUUUUCAACAAAAAAAAAUUCUGCACUUUGAAUGCGCAACUCAAAAUCUAGUUUAUGUUUAAAAUACCAUAAUUUUAAAAAGCUAAUAUUAUAAAAUAUUUAAAUUAAUAUAUAAUUCAGGGGGAAUUAAAAUAUUUUAAAAUAAUAAUGUUACAGAAUUUUAAAACGAAAAAUUAAAGUUUAUAAUAUAAAUAGAUAUAUAAUAGAUAUAAUAUAUACUAUGUAUUUUACUUUGUAAAUACUGUACACAUAUUUGAAAUAUAGUUUUCAAAAUGUCAAUGCAUUACUUAUUAUUUUAUUUUUAUUUAUUUACUGAAUAAUAUUCAUUGCAACAAAAUAUUUCAGACAUUUUUCGUUAAAUAACAGCUCGAUAUUUUGGUUCUUGUUCUUUAUGGAUCCUAAACUUUUUAAUGGAAAUGGGUGCAUAAGAAUGUUGUGCUCAUCUGGAAAUACAAUCAUUAUAUUUUGUGUAGAUAAAAAUACAAAAAUAAAAAUAUAUUUUGAUAUUUUAACUUUAAAAUCAUCAUUUUCAUUUUAUGAAAAAUUAUAACAUUUAUCUAAGUAAUUUGACAAAAAUAAAAUAUUGAAAAUUAGUAAAGACAUAUAUCAUUUAAUUAUAGAGUGGAUCGUGUUACCAUUAUAAUUUAUACAAUUAUAGUUUUUAGAGGUUAUUAUAUGAAACAUGUAAAAAAAAAUUGAUCAAUGCGAAAGGGAUCAAUGGAUCAAUUUAAUUAUUUAACAUCAAAAUUUAACUAAAAUAAAUUAAAAUAUUGAUUAUAUGUUGUAUCAUAAACACAUAGGAUAGUUUUCAAAAUCAAUACUAUACUAAACUUUCAAAACAGAAGAGUGGCGGUACAUUCGAAAUCUAACCCCUUCAAUAUAUCCUCCCUCUUUCUCUAUAUAAACUCUCACACAUCUUCACUUUUUUCUUCAACUCAGGGAGAUACCACAAAAAGUACAAAAGAUGUCUUCUUCGUUUCUAUUCUCCACUGCAUCCUUUUUUAUCGUUCUUCUCUAUCUGGGUUCCUGCCACGUGUCCAAUGGAGCUCAACAAGCAACUUACAUCGUUCACAUGGCAAAAUCUCAGAUGCCUUCGAGCUUCGACCUCCACUCUCUCUGGUACGCUUCUUCACUCAAAUCCGUCUCAGAAUCCGCUGAGUUGCUCUACACUUACAACAACGCGAUUCACGGAUUCUCCACUCGGCUUACUCCCCAAGAAGCUGACUCGCUUAUGACUCAACCAGGCGUCAUCUCGGUUCUACCAGAGCAACAGUACGAGUUACACACCACCCGGACUCCACUAUUCCUCGGUCUGGACGUACACAACGGAGAUCUAUUCCCUGAAACUGAAGCGUCCAGCGACGUUGUCGUCGGAGUUAUCGACACCGGUGUUUGGCCAGAGAGAAAAAGCUUCUCCGACAAAGGAUACGGUCCCAUUCCGUCUACCUGGAAAGGCAAAUGUGAGGUUGGGACUAACUUCACAGCCUCGCUCUGUAACCGAAAACUGAUCGGAGCUAGAUUCUUUGCUCGUGGUUACGAAGCAGAGAAGGGACCAAUCGACGAAUCCAAAGAAUCGAGAUCGCCUAGAGACGAUGACGGUCACGGAACACACACGUCAUCAACCGCGGCAGGAUCCGUCGUGGAAGGAGCUAAUUUUUUAGGCUUCGCUAAUGGGACAGCUCGUGGGAUGGCUCCAGGCGCUCGACUGGCAGUUUACAAAGUUUGUUGGAAAGGUGGUUGCUUCGAUUCAGAUGUUUUAGCUGCAAUUGAUAAAGCCAUCGACGAUAACGUCAACGUUCUAUCCAUAUCUAUGGACGAUUUAACGUUGGAUUAUUAUAGAAACGAUAUUGCCAUUGGAGCAUUUGCUGCCAUGGAAAGAGGGAUUCUGGUGUCCUGCUCUGCGGGUAAUUCUGGUCCCAGAUCUUCCGAUAUAUCGAACGUAGCUCCGUGGAUUACUACUGUAGGUGCUGGUACUAUAGAUCGGGAUUUUCCGGCACUAGUGAUUCUAGGCAACGGUAAUAAUUAUUCUGGAGUUUCGUUGAUUAAAGGAGAUGCUCUUCCUGAACUGUUGCCGUUUGUUUACGCCGGGAAUGCUAGUAACGCUACUAAUGGAAACUUUUGUGUUUCCGGGACCCUAAUUCCGGAGAAAGUUAAGGGGAAGAUCGUGAUGUGCGACAGGGGAGUGAACUUUAGGGUUGAGAAAGGGGAGGUGGUGAAAGCUGUUGGUGGACUCGGAAUGAUUCUGGCUAAUACUGCGGAGAACGGAGAAGAGCUUGUGGCGGAUGCUCAUUUGUUACCCGCGACCGCUGUUGGAGAGAAAGCCGGAGAAAUCAUCCGGCAUUAUGUCAUCACCCAUCCGAAUCCCACUGCUUCGAUUUUGACACAAGGAACUGUUGUCAAUGUCCAGCCAUCUCCAGUAGUUGCAGCAUUUAGCUUGCGAGGGCCUAAUCCAACAACGCCAAACAUUCUCAAACCGGAUUUGAUAGCUCCGGGGGUCAAUAUCCUCGCCGCGUGGACCGGAGCUAAGGGACCCACCGAACUGGCUUCUGACACACGCCGCGUGGAGUUCAACAUCAUCUCAGGAACGUCGAUGUCUUGCCCUCACGUGAGCGGUUUAGCAGCUCUUCUCAAGUCUGUGCAUCCAGAAUGGAGUCCGGCGGCAAUUCGAUCGGCUCUCAUGACAACCGCUUACAGUACCUACAAAGACGGGAAACCGUUAAUCGACAUCGCAACGGGAAAACCUUCAACUCCGUUCGAUCACGGUGCAGGACACGUGUCACCGACGAUGGCCGUCAAUCCAGGACUUAUUUACGACAUAUUGACUGUGGAUUAUUUAGAUUUCCUCUGCGCAUUGAAUUACACAUCGUCGCAGAUCAUGAAAGUAUCGCGACGCAACUACACUUGCGAUCCAAGCAAAACGUACUCUGUAGGUAAUCUAAAUUAUCCGUCGUUCGCCCUUAACGUCCAGGGAUCCGGCGCGUACACGUACACGCGCACAGUCACGAACGUUGGAGAAGCUGGAUCAUACUCGGUUAAAGUAACCUCGGAGACAACUAUAGUCAAUAUAUCGGUCGUACCAGCUGUUUUGAAUUUCAAAGAGGUAAACGAGAAGAAAUCGUAUUCAGUAACGUUUAAUGUAGACUCAUCUAAGGCGUCUGGGUCUAACAGCUUCGGGAGCAUCCAAUGGUCAGACGGAAUACACGUGGUGGGCAGUCCCGUGGCGAUUAGCUGGGCAUAGUGGUAUUUUAUGACAAACUUUGCUCUUGAAAAAGAAGAAAGUCAACGAUAUUAUAAUGCUCCUUUUUCAUAAGAGUUCUGUUUAGCAUAAUCACAUGCAGUCUGUUUUAAGGGCUAAUCUAGUUUGUUUUGGAAACU